CGCAUGCGUACCUAAUAUUAUCCCGAGAAAAUGGCUGCACGGGCAAAGUGGAUAAAUAGUAUGAGCUAUAGCCUUCGUAGUUCAGUUGUUAAACACCACACGCAAAAAUUGCUGGAUCAGUCUUGUCAACUACAUAUUACUCGUGGAGAAAACGGUUUUGCAAAACGUCACUUCUUUAAAUCAGUUAGGGCAGCAGUAUCAUACUACUAUGAUGUGAUCAUACAAACUGGGAAUCGCUUUGGAGCUGGUACAGAUGCAAAUGUCUUCUUGGAAAUUUAUGGUGAAAGAGGUUCUAGUGGAGAAAUUAAUUUACCUUCAAAGAAAGGAGACCUGGAGAGGGGAAUGGUGAACAGAUACAAAGUAGCUGCUAAGGAUCUUGGUGCAUUAAAAAAUAUAGAUAUCAGACAUGAUAAUACUGGUUUGGCACCUGGAUGGUAUCUGGAGAAGGUAACAAUUAAAGAUCACAGUGGCAGUAGGUAUGUAUUCAGUUGUGAAGACUGGCUAGUUAAACAGGCUGGUGAAAACAAGUUGAAAGCCCAUUUGUCAUUGUCUGAACAGAACUUAGAUCAACUCCCAUCAUAUAGGGGUAAACAGCUGGAAUAUUUGAAGUUAGAUGACAAAGAGCAUUUGGAUGCUGUUGAAGAGACAGUACACAAAAACCUUUCAAAUGUACUUGAAGGAAUCUUACAGUCAAGUUUGGAGCCAGAUGCAGAUAGUGAUUCAGAGUUUCCAAAUUCAGAAACUCCAGAUAAUAGCAAUGGUUUGCAGCACAACACUCUGCCUCUUUUGCCUUCUGCUCGCCUGCUCAUUGAAGCCUUUGGCUUGAUAAAGGGCCAGAUACCUGCCUCUGGGCCUAAAGGUCAUUUGCUGAAAGGUGAUGUCUUAAAGUAUAUUGAGCUGAAUAAGUUGACAAGACUGCCAUUGGAAAAAUCGCACACAGAGCAGAAGAAAGCUUCAAAUGUCCAGCAAAAAGCCAAAAAAGCAGCAGCUACUACCACUAAAGUGAAGGAUAAAGUGCUCAAAUCAAGUGUUGGGUCUGCGUUUGAAGAUUAUCCUGUCACAGAUGAUACGAAAGUAAAACUGCAGUGGUAUUUGGAAUCAAAACAGACACAGCCACAUUUUUAUUCCUCUAUUGUCUGCAAUCUCAAUAGCAUAAUGAGUAUUCGCAAGGAACUUUCUCAGCAAGGAUUAUCAAUUUCGACGACAUCCUUUGUCUUGAAGGCAGUUUCAUCUGCUCUCAAACAAAUCCCAGAAAUGAACGCUAAAUACGUCAACGAGACCAUAAAGGUUGUAGAAAAUGUCGAUGUAGCUGUUACUCUUAAUAGCCUACAAGGCAGUUGUCGUGGACUUAUAAAAGGUUUACAUCAACGAACACUGGAGGAUAUCCAAAAGUCUUUGGAGGAUCUGAAGCUUAAUGAUUCUGGACAUUUCUAUGAUGAUGCAGGAUCCUUCGCAGUUACAGAUCUAAGUGAUGGAGGACUUUCGCAAUCAUCAGAGAUAAUUCGACCUGAACACGCUUGUGUGUUAACCAUUGGAAGCCCUAAACUUUCGUUGUCAGAAAAUGAAAGUUUAUUGAAUCUUAGCACAGUCACGGUUUCAUGUGAUGGGCGUGUUGUUAGUGAAGACACAAUUUCUAAGUUCUUAAAUGUAUUUAAAAAAUUAAUUGAAAAUCCUAGCGCCUACCUGUAAU